AUGGCUACCGAGAACGCUCAAAACAAGCCGCAAAAGGAGAAGAAGCUUCAUGAGCUUCUCACGUCGUCUCUCGUAGACAUCUACGUCGGAUCGGAUUCGACGCGCUGGACGAUCCACGAAAGGCUCCUGUGCUACCACUCGCCUUUCUUCGCAUCCAUCUUCUAUGCCGACGACAAGAACGAGGAGAAGAAAUCUCGCGGAAACAAAUCAUAUGGUCUUCCUGACGAAGACGACUCUCCUUUCGAACUGCUCGUAGGAUGGCUUUAUUCCCAGUCCAUCCGUGAACCAAAGUCGGAGAAAGACGUUGGCCCACUCCUCGAACUUUACACGUUGACGCAACGGCUUCAAAUCCAGAAACUCGGCCUCGACAUUGUCGGCCUUGUCAGAGACUGGUACCACAAGACCUCCACCUAUCCUGGCCUUCGUCGCGUGCAAUACAUCUACGCCGAGACCGACGAGGACAACGAGAUGCGCGAGAUGAUGGUGUCGUCCGUCGCUCGCCAGUUGACCACAAGCGACAAGAUUCCGUCACAUUGGGCCUCCGCCUUGCAGCGCAACGGCCAACUUGCUGUGGACAUCAUCCGAGCCAUCCAGCAGUGGCACAUCGAAGAGCGCAGCAUCCCGGAUGCACGAGACCUCAGCACCAGUCGAGGGAGACAGCAUGCGAACGGCACCGGGUCGGCCACUGUCGGCUUCAGCACCGUCGAGCAAACAGCCGACGCGACCGAAACGCCAGCCAUCAACAACGACUCGGCCGGUGAGGGAGUGAAUGGUAACGGCAACGGUGUCAAUGGAGAGAGUGCGAGUGAGGACUCCAACAUUGAUGCACCAAACGCCAACGGCGACGGCGGCGACGAAGAAGAAGAAGAAGAAGAAGAAGAAGGAAAAGGAGAAGAGUAA